AUGGAGUUUUGGUUUCCUGGAAUUGACCUAAACAAGCCAGUACAAGAUGAGGGAUAUGAUCAGGGUAAUGCACAAGAUAAUACAGGGCAAGUUAGGCAGGAAGAAAUCCAACAUGAACAGGAAGCUACAGGGCAAGGGGAGCAAGCAACAGGCAAUUCUGGAAUGGAUGCAGGGGCAUCUGUAGAGUCUGUAGAUGCUGACACAGGGAAUACAAUGUCAACUGAUGAUUCUGGCGAAGAGGAUGAAGUCCAGUCUACACCAAGUCUAACUCCAGUAGAGAAGCCGUACCCAGAUAUGUUGUUUGCUUCAUGGGAAGAAGCAAAAAUGUGCUACAACAGAUAUGCUAAGCAUGUUGGAUUCUCAAUCAAGUCUAGUACCUCAAGGAAAUCUACUGUUGACAAGCAGACAGACAAAUACCUCUUUGUAUGCAACAAGAGUGGGAAAAACGUCGACAUUAACAAGCGGGAAGUUCCACCAAUCCGACAAUGA